CCAGACUCCUCUUCAUCCCUGGAUGUAUUUGCAGUCGGGGAACCGCAACGAUUCUUCAAGAAAGUUCUAUUCUACCCUCCAAAUUUACUCGCCACAAAUCCAAACCCUAAUCCCAAUCUCUCUCUCUCUCUCUCACAGAGCAAGAACCAUGUCUCACUUUGGUAGGUCCGGCCCUCCUGACAUCGCUGACACCUACUCUCUCCUGGUCCUCAACAUAACCUUCCGUACGAGCGCUGAUGAUCUGUUUCCGCUUUUCGAUAAGUAUGGCAAAGUUGUCGACAUUUUCAUCCCCAGAGACCGAAGGACUGGCGAGUCUAGGGGUUUUGCUUUUGUGCGAUACAAAUAUGCCGAUGAAGCACAGAAAGCAGUUGAAAGGCUCGAUGGAAAAGUUGUUGAUGGUCGAGAGAUAACUGUUCAGUUUGCAAAAUAUGGGCCAAAUGCGGAGAGGAUUCAGAAAGGAAGGAUUACUGAAGCUCUACCAAAAUCAAGGUACAGGUCAAGAAGUCGCAGUCCUCGGAGAAGGUACCGAGAUGACUACAGAGACCGGGACUACAGGAGGAGAAGUCGCAGCAGGAGUUUGGAUAGGUAUGACCGUGACAGAUACCAUGGGAGGGACAGAGACUAUCGUCGACGAAGCAGGAGCCGCAGUGCCAGCCCUGAUUACUAUAGGAGCAGGAGAAGAGGGCGCUAUGAUGAUGAAAGGCGGAGUCGAAGUCGAAGUAGGAGUCCAAUUCGAAGUCGUUCCAUUGAUAGUGUCUCUCCUGCUCGGCGUAGCCCUAGUCCUCAUAAGAGUCCUUCCCCACUAAUCAGGAGCCGCAGUGCCACCCCUGAUAGACGUAGUCGCGAUGGACAUUCCCCUACUUCUCGAAGUGUUUCACCACGCCAUCGUCCUGCUGAUUCUCAUACCCCAUCCCCUCGAAAUUCAGAUGUUGAUGUGAGUUGAUGUCUACAGUUUUCGUUGCUUCUGGAACGAUUACUUUCUCCUGCAUGGGUGGAAGAGCAUUGAACUGGUAACUCUUGAAUCGAUUUUGCAGGAUUGAUGUUUCUGGUUGUAUGGAAAUGAUGGAAGCACCCUGAGUUGUGUACUUCUUGCAGCUCUGCUGAUGUCAAGGAUCUUUGAUCAUAAUGCGUUGUUUUAGUAGGUGUCUUGAGUGCUAGUUUUGGUAGGACUGGUUUCUUUAGUAUUUAACUAUUUAAUGCUGAGCUUUAUAUAUCCUUUAUUGAUCUGGGAUGGACUUUGUAGUUUGUAGAUUUGGUAUUUCAGCACUUAUGAAGGAUGUGCUUGUGUGGUUUCUUAGUGUAUCUGCCUUUCAUCUUUAUUUUUGUGUGUAAUUUUAUUGUUCACUUUUGUUCCUGCCUUACACUGUUACUGAUAUAUGAGUCUAUGGUCUCAAGUUGUCUGGUUCAGUUUAUAGGACUGAUUCAUCACGAACUAUUUCUUGGGUUUUAUAGUUAUGUUCGUGAAAAGAGUGAUUGAGGCUUGGAUAAGAGGAUGUUGAUUUGUAGCCGUGGGUGCUGUUUCUAAUUUGUAGAUGGAUGGUCGUGAUUGUGGUGCUGGUUGCAGCAGUAUGCUGGUUUUAGAAGUAUGAUUGUUUUGGCAGUGAGAGCUGUUUGCAGGGCCAAUAACUUAAUCUGUUUUUCUCCAUACCGAAUAAAUUUUGGUAAGAAAUAUGGUUUGGCUCUUUGUAUCUGAAAAGUGUUAUAUACUCUAGGAUUUUAAUGUUUGACCUGAUAGUCCAUGAAAGGAGUUUGUAGUUGCUGCGGUGGCUGUAAGUGGGUCUUUACCUGCGUGUAGCUCAUGCUGCAUAUGAGAUUGAUGUGUAGUUCGUUAUGAACCUGAAAUGGUUUGUAAUUGCUGUGAUGGUAGAAGUUGAACUGGUCUUCACCUGUAGCUGAUGCUGCACAUAUGCAGCCACAGUAAUGAGAAAUGAUCUUGUCUCACACAAGUUCAAGGCUCUAGCUGUGAAAUGGCAGCUGAUCAGUAUUUUGUUGUAUCGUAAUAAUGUUUCUUGGGUGACUGAAGCUCUAGCGAAUAACCACCUGCAGCUUGCAGCUUGCUGUCGCUGUUGCUGCUAUUUUACGAUGGGGUUGGGUAGGCUAUUACCAGUUGGGGCCUUGACAAUGGCUGAUUGGUGUGUGCUGAUACCGAAAGAUUUGUUUUGUGGUGUAUGUUAUGCCUAUAACAUGGAUUGACGGUCGCCGGUCCUAUGUUUCGAAUUAGUCAUCCCUCCAUUAAAAGUGGCAAAAUAUGUACAUUGACAAUGCCUGAUCUGACACAGAAACUAUUUUGCUUUUUCUCAUAUAUAUAAUGAUCCUUCAUUAA